AUGUUGAAAAGAAAAACUUGGAUCCCAGGUUUGACCCUGCUUGUGCUGGUUGCAUUAUUUGGUGACUGUGCUCACUGCCAAAAUCAACACAAAGCACAUCAGGAAGACCUGAGACUCGUUCUAGUCGGAAAGACAGGAUCAGGAAAGAGUGCUUCUGGAAACACCAUCCUGGGAAGAGAAAAUGCCUUUAAAGAGGAGAUGUCACCUGAAUCUGUGACUAAAGGCUGUCACAGAGAAGAGGUAAGGGAUGGCGGCAGGAAGAUUGUUGUCAUCGACAGCCCAGGUUUGUUUGACACAAACAAAACCCAAAAAGAAGUCAAAGUGAAAAUUGAGGAGUGUAUUAAGAAGUCAGUUCCUGGGCCGCAUGCUUUUCUGUUAGUGAUCAGUCUGAAGUCAAGAUUCACUGAUGAGGAGAAGGCAGCUGUGAAGUGGAUCCAAGACAACUUCGGCUCAGACGCUUCCAUGUAUACGAUUGUCCUGUUUACACAUGCUGACCUGCUAGAUGGUAAAUCUGUGGAGGACUAUGUGUCAGAGAGCAAACAUCUACUAAGACUGAAAAACAACUGUGGAGGACGAUACCAUUCACUCAUCAAUGACAAGAGACAGAGCAGACUCCAGGUCAGAGAACUCCUGGAUAAGAUACAGCAAAUGGUGACGUCUAAUGGAGGAAAACACUACACCAGUGAGAUGUACCAGAGAGCCCAGGAGGAACUUGAGAAAGAGAGAAAGAAGAUGGAGGAGGAAAAGCGAAGAAGGAGGGAAGAGAGGGAAAGGAUCAAAGAGGAGGAAAAGCAAAAAAGGAAGGAAGAAGACGAGAGGAUCAGGGAGGAGGAGAGAAAUGCUGAUUGGUGUAAAGUUGUUGUAGUUUAUUCUUCUUUGGCAGUUAUUGUAGGAGGAGGAGUUUUCGGCUCAAAUCCUCUCGUAGGAUUAGGAUUGCUUGGACUCACUCAAGCUCGUCAUUGCAUAAUAGAUAUGUGUAUGCAGUUGUGGGACCUGUGACAAAAAGAAUUAUGGAAGAGCCAACAAAAGCUAAGCCUGCAAUGACUAUGAUGCCUGUAAGCUGACCCCCCCAAAUUAUUACUUUUUUCUUAAACUAUAAAUUUGUCUGGGGUAAAACUCACAAUUUGUCACAUUUACAGUUGUAAAGAGAAAGUCUUCGCUACUUUUAAGACCCAUGAUUUUGAUAUCUCAUAAACAAUUUAAUUACUUUAGCAACAUAAUUAAUUUGUUCCUCAUUCCUAACUACAAAUGGGACAUUUGCACACAUUUUACUUGAGUUGUACCUUGUAUUAUUUCAUGUGAGGAAUAAAUACAUGCUUGCAUAAAUCAUUAAAUGAUUGAUGGAUACGUUUCACAGAUCUCUGAGAUGUACAAGUGGUAAGACUCUUGGUUUGACUUGAAGUUGUGUGUUUAGGGCUAUUCAUUUAUAUACUCUUGUGUUGUUUUUUUGUUGGGUUAUGUUCAGUACAAAAAAAAAGUUUGUCAGCUCUCACACGCACGCACGCACGCACGCACGCACACACACACACACACACACACACACACACACACACACACACACUGACUUCUGUGAGAAAUGCAUGCUGUUCCUCCUGCCACCAGUGGAUGGCUCU